AUCGUUUCCAUCGCCUCUCUCACAAGAUCGCAAGUCAUAGUGCAUGAUCGGAGGGAUUUUGGCAUACCGGCAUCCGAAAAAGUGCCUGGCAAGGCAUAUCGUAGCUCGCAACCAAGUUUUCAGAGCAGAAGGCUCUCGCAGCAGUCUUCUGGCUUUGUCCCUGACGGCAGCUCAAUUCAAUAUGUCAGUUGUUAUCAGCAUAGUGUCAGUUCUCAUACGUGAUGCUACUACUGACACUUGCGUGAGCGAAUCUCAGUCAAUUAGGACAGUGUUGAAGGUGGUUCUUCUUUCAAAUAGCGGCGAUGUGCCCUUCGUCUGGUACACGUGCUGCGGCAGAUACCGAAUGCCAUACUAUCACUGCAGGAUCGUGAACGGCCGUUUCUCCGAGAUGAUGGUCGGCGCAGAUUUCAAGCACGUGUCAUUUCCGGGCGUUUUAUCUCAGAAUAUCGUGUUUGACCUGGUCACACUCCAGUCAUUCUGUAGCCAGCGCCUGCAGCUAACAUGCGCUCAGAAAUCGCUCAACAAGGUAUCUCGCAACCGACUUCUCGUACUAAACAUGCCCCCACAACCUCGCUCGGAUGAUAUAUCUGUCUGAAAUAGGAAGGCCUCUAUCGUCUUUCCAGUUGCAGCUCGCUUCACCUGGUAGACCCUCUGUUUCCAUUACACAACCUGUGUAAUGAGCGUCAAUCUCGCGCGCUUUAGUUUCGAGGCCGGUUGAAUUCGGUCUCUAUGAUGGAUCUCGGUCUGGAUGCAGCUGUGGUCAUUUGGGUAUGCACCUUCCUGGAAUGCAAGGCUUGCCGAGAAGGUUUGAACACAGGCCGAGCUGGGUAUUUUCGUCGACUCUCUACUUGUGUACACAUGUUCCGAGCGGCUAGACCCUUGCCAAGAUAAUCUUCUAGAUGCUCUUGAAUGACAAGCAUUAAUUUCCGG